AUGUGUUAUACAACGGGUUUGGAAGAAAUACCAAGGAGUAAUCAAAAAUCAACUGGUCUAAAUAGUGGUAUUAUCCUCGGAGGUGGAAAAACCGAUGACGUUUUGGAUACAAAAGUUCCUCUCUUCGUUAAGGAUGUCAUUCCAGGAUCUCCAUUCGACGGGCAUAUCAAAAGAUUAGACCAUAUUUUAUUUGUGAAUGAUAUAAACGUCAUCAAAAGGCGAGAUUUUUCAUGUCGUAUUAAAGAAAUUAAACUGAAUAAAAGCGCAGUGCAACUAGGAGCGGAAUUCGAGAAUGGUGUAUUCGUGAGUAAAUUAUAUGAAAAUGGUUCCGGAAUAGAGAGCGGAUUAUCAGUUGGUAAUCGAAUCGUUUAUAUUAACGAUAUACCGAUUCACAAUGCAUUUCAAGCUGAAAAACUUAUUAACGCAUAUAAAAAUGAUCUCAUCAUUGGUGUAGUUGAGCCGCAAACGUCACGACGAACAGUUUCGAAAAAUUUUGUUAUUCAAUCUUCGGAAAACAAACAGCGUUCCAGAUUUUUGAAUAAAGUACAUGAAAAAUUAUUCGGACGUUCUGGAAACGAAAAAAUUCGACCGAUAAUAGCGCAAGCAAAUUUAGAUGCAUGUGCAGGUGAACUAAUGUCUUGCAGACAUGGUUCGCUACGAAUACCUUCGUCAAGAAUUAAUUCAGUGACUCGUGCUUUGGUUCGUACAGGAUCGCUUAGGACAACAUCUUAUAGUAUUGAUCAACGCCAAAUUAAUGAACAACUCGAAAAAUCCUUUCAACAGACACAAUCGCAACAAAAUGAUCCAAAGCAAGUUAUGAAAUCUGGAAAAAUAUCUCAACAGCAGCUGCAAAAUCAAAAGCCAGUGAUACUUCAUGCAGCAUCGAAAAAAAAUGAUUAUUUUUGGAUGGGCCAAUCACAUUUCAGUCCAUCAACAACAAAAAUGGGUUCAUCUAUUCCACCAUUUCCUAAUUCCACAUUAUCAGCCAUUGUAAAUGCAAACUGUCCCAUGACAUCGAUCUCAAAUUCUGGUGCAUCAGCAAAAAUUGUUGUUUCUUCGGUUAAUUUUUUAACUCAGACAAAAGCUCAAGGUAUAGCUCAUGCAAAACGCAUUAACACAAGAAGUCCUGCAUUACCACAGCCACCGCCAUAUCCAGGUCAACAUUCAAGCGGUGAUCUCAAUCGUUCAUCAAAUUUACAUUUGAUGGCUGUACCAUCUUCGUCUUAUAAUUAUUCUAUUGAUAUUAAUUUAGCUCCAACAAGGUCAAUGUUAAGAGGAAGCGGUUCACAGAUUCUUUCAAAUGGUGGCAGUACUAGCGGCGUUAUAGCGAAUCAUUCACUGAGUACAAGCGACAGUAGGAAUUUAGGCUUACAUCUCGAUAGUCAUGCAAAUGCUUCCAUAUUUUCUGUCGAUGAUCAUACCAAUAUUAAUCCACAUAUGAAUAUAGCCCAGCCAUAUAAUGAUGUAAAGCAUUUUUUUAUUAUUAAUGGAAGGGCAAAGUCAGUGGAUAAAAGAUCAGCGAUAGGUUAUUUAUAUCAUAAAAAUAGCAAAAGUGCCAUUGCACUCCUUUAUGCUUCAGCUCCUAGGCGUUUGAAAGUACUUAAGAAAGAUGUACGACUUUGUGGAGGAAAUAUCAGCGGCAUACUUAUCGAUGCACCUUUCGACGAUGUAAAGGUAGGUAUUUCAGAAAGAACAAAACAACAAUAA